AUGCACCCACCCAGCGGGAUCGUGCACACCUCUGGUGUUCAGGGGAACCAUGCAUACUUGCCUUUGGAAGAAAUUCGUGCAGAGGUGUUAAUCGUCGAUGUCUCAGCCAGGGUCAUCUUGACACAGGUCUUCUCUAAUCCAUCCGAUCAUCCAACAAGUCGAGCAGUUUAUUACUUCCCGGUGCCCGCGAAUGCAGCAGUAUGCGGGUUUGAGAUGAGCCUAAGCGAUGGUCGUGUUGUUCGCGCAACGUGCAAGGAGAAGACACAGGCCGAAGAAGAUUUUGAGACUGCCUUGUCGCAGGGAAGACAGGCAGCCAUGCUAGAAUGGGUUUCUGACGAUGUCUUCACUAUUUCAGUGGGCGCUAUUCCCCCGCGUGAUAAUGUCAAGACAAAGUUGACUUUUGUCAUGAAUCUGUUAAAUGAAGACGUGGAUGAAGUUCGCUUCCAGUUACCUACUCAUGUCGGCGAGCGUUAUGGGGAUUUACCUCAACCACUUGUCGGAGCCUCGUCCACUUCAUCAUCCACCCGAGUGCGAAUAAACAUCGACGUUCAGACAAGCGGAACUAUCAGAAGCACCUUCAGCCCUAGUCACGCAGAAUUCAUUUCCAUAACUCCCUAUUCUACCCAUCUCAACCGUCCUUCUCGUCGGCGGUCAACAAUUAAGUUCCGUUCUCGAGAAUACCUUGAUCGAGACUUUGUCCUCAUCAUACAUGCGGAUAAACUCGACAAACCCCGUUGUUUUGCCGAACUUGAAGGCAAUCCCGACCACAAAGCCACACUAGCACUUCAGUUUACCGUCAUCCCUAAAUUCAGUCUCCCUCCCAUUCAAAGUCAGGAAUAUAUCUUUGUCAUAGAUAGAAGUGGAAGCAUGCAGGGGUCUCGAAUUGAACAAGCGAAGCGCACGCUCACCAUGCUUAUUCGAAUGCUACCAACGGAGAGGACAACAUUCAACAUCUUCAGUUUCGGACACGAUGUCGACGGUAUGUGGAACAGAAGUGUACAGUACACUCAAGCAACACUGGACUUGGCAACGAGACAAAUUGAGGAAAUGUCAGCUAACUACGGAGGCACAAAGAUUCAGAAUGCAUUGGAAGCCGCGAUCAACUCGCGGCAUGGCACUGCUCCUGCUGCCGUAUUCGUUUUAACGGACGGCGAGGUAUGGGAUGACCAGGAAAUGGCCAACAGUAUAGUUACAUCUGUUCAGUCUCUUGCCGCGCCAUCGAGUUUAAAAGUCCACGUCCUUGGCAUUGGUAACAGUGUCUCCACACAGAUGUGUCAAGACAUUGCCAGAGCAGGCAAUGGCGUUUGCUUAUUUGCCACGGAAGCCGAGGAUAUUGUGGGCAGCUGUAUCAGGCUGCUUACUGCUGGGAGAACUCCACACGUGCGCGAUGUCUCUAUCGACUGGGGUGUUCCACGAGAAUACCUCGACAAGGCAGCUUCGUCGACCGUAAACUUUUCGUCCAUUUCUCAUCGCACUAUACGCAUAAAACCGCCUCCGGCUCUUCAGCAAGCGCCGACUCAAAUAGAGGGCUCAAUACAUGCAGGAACGAGGAUGGUGAUUUUUGCCAUUUUGACGUUAAGAAACACCACGGUUCCAAAGGAAGUAUCUCUUCGAGGUCGACUUGAUGGUUCUACUCGACCGUUCGAACUCGUCAUCCCCAUACGCGGUGUACAGUUAAGGGAUUCCGAACCAGGAUUACCCAUGAUUCACGUUUUAGCGGCGUCUCGUCUGAUAGACGAACAUGACAAGAAUCGUGCCCCUUUACCUUUACCAGUCGACCUGAAUCCAAUGCCUCCCGACCAGAGACAACUGCGUAAGGCUGCCAUUGUCAGAUUAGGGGAGCGAUAUCAACUAGCGAGUCGAUAUACAUCCUUUGUUGCUGUCGACGAAGGGCAAAAUGACGGCCAGCGGUCACGGUCACGUUUCGACUUUGGUAAUUGGGAUCAUGAUCGUAGUGAAGCACCAGAACUUGGUUUUCACGAAAACGUGCAACCUGUACAUGAAACUCCGAUGUCAUCCCCCCUCUCUGACACUUGGAUAGAUGUAGGUCAGGAUGCACCGUCGCCCGUGUCUGAAUCUGCGGCCGUUCCAGGUGCUUGGCUAAAAAGACGUUCCCGUUCUUCUUUUUCAACGAACUCGGGUGUAGACGAAGGAUACGAGACUGACAAGACGUUCACCACCUUGAGUUCCCUUGAAUCAUGUUCUUCACAAUGGUCCGGAUGGACGACCGAUGAUGACGAACCCGCACUCCCACUAUCGGAGGAAGACGCCCGUAUCCGACGCUGUCCCUCACCUCUACUCGUUCCCCUAAGACUAGCACCUGAAAGCGCUCGACAGAGGUUAGCUCAGCAACAGCCACAGCUUUCUCAACCUGUCCCACAAAACCUUGCUCGCCAGCCGAUUGGCCGCGAGAUCUUCGACGUUGCAACUUUACAACUGUGCGAUGGAUCAUACCCAUUGAACGAUAAACUUCGCUCUAUAGUCGGAAGUGCAGCCGCUGACGAACAUUCCCGGAUAAUACCCCCUGUGCCCCCAACAGCCUGGGCCACGGCACUGGCUGUGGCGUUCAUAACCAAACACCUUCUGCAUCGCAAGGAGUUGUCCAACGAUAUAACAUUGAAAUCGCGCAAGUUCCUCGAGACGAUCUUGGGAGGUGAAGAGUUGAUCAGAAGGGCAAGAAGUCUAGUUGUAUGA